AUGACCCGCCUUCCUCCUCCUCCCAGACGAUACUCAUUCUCCACCAGUUCAUCAUCCUCUUCCUCCUCCAUCAUCCCAUACGCCAGAAGAUCUCGAUUCAGGAUGCUCGAAAACGUUGGCGAAAACAUUUCUGACAUGACAUGGAAAUGGAAGUACAAACUUCUCCACCGCAAGAAAUCUCCUCUCGAUGAGCCACUUGAUCUUGAGAAGGAGUACAAGGAGGAGGAGCCCGAGGAGAUUAACAACAAAGAUCCCACGUUUGGUGCCGACACCGUCAUACAAACCCUCUACGAGGGGAAGAACUCGGACCCUCAAGUGUCAAAGGCCAUUGCCAAGGCUCGAGAUCGUGUUGCCAUCAAGGUGUACAAGAUCAAAGACAUCCAGAAGGGCGCUAUCUCGAACCGAUACCCUCUCAAGUACCACCAAGUCGAUGUCCAGAACCCUCUUCUCGUCAGCGCAAUCGAGCCUAUCCUGAAGAAGGAGAACCUCCAUCUCGAUGUCCAUGAUACCGCCGUCUUCAAAGAGCCUUUCCGCCCUCUGUGGUUCUGUCAAGAUGAGAUUCGAGACUUGUAUCGCAAUACCAAGCAGGACGAUCCGCUGAAGGGAUAUCUGCAACUGUUCCUCAGAGUCCUUGAUGAGAUCUUCCGCGAUCUCAAGGUCAAGCGACGAAAUUUGCUUGACAAGGGACUCAUUGACUUCCGAACAGCUUGGACCCUCUUUCCGAGAGACUCUACAGCCUACAGCUAUGGAAUGAACUCUGAGUUCAUUGCAAAGGUGGAUGGUACGGAGUACGACACCAACGAAGGUGUCAUGCAGCUCGUCUUGACGGCCAAAGUCAUGGCUUUCAAUGGCGAGGAGUUCAUCUGGAGGAAGAAGUCGCUUACGAUCAACGAGUUCGCUGGAAACAAGCCCAUUCGCGACCUUCGCCAUUACCCCUUCGAAAGGCAUCCAGAAAAAGAUGCUAUUGAACAGCGUCUGGUGUCGCGGGGUCGCAAAGUUCUUGACCUGCAGGGCUUGACGUAUUGUUCAUACAACGGCAUUGCUCUGCACCCGGGAGAAACUGGCGUGGAAAAGCAUAACGUGGAGUGCCGUAUCCUAGUCGACGUGGUCGGAUAUAACAAAUACCACCUUGCCCAAGGAAAGCGCGAAAAUAAGGACCCAGAGAUUGAGGUGGUCGAUGUAUCGCGCCGCCGCCGUAGACAGGAUCUCGCCGACGCCAAGCCUGAAGGCAAACAUCCCAAGACACAACAGAAGAGGCUCAAUGAGGAGGAUCAGACCAAGAACAGAGAAGAGCUUCUCCAGAAGCCUAAAGAGCUUGCUUUCAUGACCGAGUUGAUCGGUGGAUACGCCUUGAAGAACAAGCUCUGGGUUUAUUUCUACAUUGAGGAUCUUGAGCCAAUUGUCUGGAAUGAUGCAGCUUAUUCCCACCUCGUGUUUGACGAACAACAAAAGGAUUUAGUUUUGUCGUUCGUCGAGAAUCACAGCCUUGCCAACGGCGCCAAAACGGCUAUGGAAGACGUGAUUGUCGGCAAGGGCCAAGGUCUCAUCAUGCUUCUGUCUGGUCCUCCUGGUACAGGAAAAACCCUCAUGGCCGAAGCGAUUGCAGAUCGCACCCAUCGUCCUCUUUUCUACUUGCAAGCCGAGGACCUGGGCAUUAAUGCUGCCGCCCUGGGUGCCAACAUCAAGCGAGUGUUUGAAAUGGCUACCGAGUGGAACGCCGUCAUCUUGCUUGACGAAGCAGACGUCUUCAUGGCAGAGCGCAACCCCAACGACAUUCAUCGCAAUGAGCUCGUCAGCAUCUUCCUUCGCGAGCUUGAAUACUAUCGUGGCAUCAUCUUCCUUACGACCAACUUGUACCAUACCAUUGAUACUGCGUUCCGCAGCCGAGUCAGCUUGCACCUCCUCUUCAAGUCUCUCACCCGUGAGGCUCGUGAGACCGUUUGGCGCAAGUUCCUUCAACGUCUGCCUGACAGCAACCGCAUCACAGAUGUCACGGACGAAUCUCCUGCCACGGGCUCCACCACGCCUAGGAACGACGGCACCGAUGAAGAUGCCGGAGGCGAGAUCACCGCAACCUAUGAAGACAAGCCGCUUGAUGACGAGGAUAUUGCAGAGUUGUCGCUCUGGCAACUCAAUGGACGAGAGAUCAAGACGGCUGUCAAGAUGGUGCGCAGCUGGUGCGAUCACAAGGGGUAUAUUAUGACGCUGUCACGAUUGGAAAAUGGUAUCAAGGUGACAAGCCCGCAUUCGAACAAGGACGGGGAUGUUGAUAAGGAUCUUUACGAGUGAUUUGGUGUUUCUUUUGUUUUGUUUUCAAGAUACCAGUCUGUUUGUUGAUGGUUCUAUUUUGUUGCGAUGCUGUGCUUUAAUACAAAUCAAUGGGAAUAUUGCGGUUUUUUUUUAGCAGUUUGAUCUCAAAUGAACCGAUAUGUGAACUUGUUGCUAUUCCAUGUACUCCGUACAAGUGUUAUCGUAA